AUGAAUUUCACACCUGUGGAAGCCAACGUGACAAAAGAUGAAAAUUACCUGGAAUUCCUUGUUACUGCCGUUAUCAAGAAUAUGAUAGUCCUCUUUCUAAGCAUUACCAUACUCUCUGUAAAUGCUACAAUGGUCCACACAUUCAAGACGCAUCAUAUCUUAAAGCUGAACCCUCGCUACAUCCUUUUCAUCAACCUGGUUCUCAACGACAUGAUCCAGCUGACCAUCAGCACUUCCCUCUACAUCUUAGCCCACGUUUUCCGGACCCUCUACGUCCCCCUGUGUGUUUUCUUCAUCUUUGUCGUCAGUCUCGCCACCAUAAACACUCCUCUGAUUCUUGCUUUUAUGGCAGCAGAGUGUUACAUUUCUGUCUGCUUUCCUCUCCGUUACAACAACAUAUGUACUCUUAAAAAAACGUAUAUUGUUGUUGGCAUUAUCUGGGCAACAAGCUCUCUUUCUGUCCUCCUUGACAUCUUCAUCCUUGUGGCCACUGAACAGCAGCAGUUCUUUAAUUCUAGAGUGUUUUGUGACAGAGACAGUCUUUUCAGGAGCAGCUACAGUUUAAAUAGAAGGAAUGCAUUUCACAUUUUUUUCCUGGUUCUGGUUUGGCUCACAUUGUUCUACACUUUCUUCAGAAUCUUGUUUGUGGCCAAAGCAGCAAAUGCAGAUCCAACCAAAGCUCGAAACACACUGUUGCUUCAUGGUUUCCAGGUGCUGUUGUGUAUGAUGGUGUAUGUGCACCCUUUUUUAACACCAUUCCUCAAAGAUUUGAUACCUGAAGACAGAAGAUCCGUAAAUUUUACAAUUUAUAUCAUGAUCCAAAUAAUUCCUCGAUUUUUGAAUCCUGUUGUCUAUGGAUUACGUGACAAGACAUUCAGAAGAUACCUUAGAAGAUAUUGCAUCUGCCUUCAGAUAAGUUUUACAAAGACGACAUUGAAGAUGUAG